CAUCAAAACACAAACGAAACAACCAACGGCAUCGAUACCACCAUUAGCAAAAACAACAACGACGGCAUCCCACAAGCUGCGACUGCCACUGUUGCAACUACAGUAGUAGAUACUYGCCGUGCCUUCCACGCGUAUUAAAUACGAGCGAUCUUCUGGAGUUCUGGUUCAACCAUCAGCGCGCGCGGUUCCUGGCCUUUAAAAUUCCUUCGUCCCGGAAUUCUUUUCACGACCCGGUGCAGCACGGUUCGGUACGGCAUCGCAUCGCAUCKSAUCWSAUCACAUCACACCACACCACACCACACCACACCACACCACACCGUGUUGAGGUGCACGCUGGGGAAUCCAAACAACUCUAUCGAUUGGUUCAAARUCCCACAAUUGUAGCAUCUUCAUUCUUUUGAUUUUUACCACCACAAAGAGACCACCAAAAUGACAAGAUUGGCAAUACUUGCAGUCACUCUCGGUGCCCUGACGUGGUCCGGGGACGCAUUUGUUUCAACAACUGCAACUGCUGCGAGUUCAGAAACAACGACAAACGAGCCACCCUCCCAUCCGCCACGAUGCCAUGCGUGCCGAGCAUCCAACCCCAACCCUAGCACGCUUCCGAGAAAGCGAGAACGGCCARCAUCGGUACCGGUAGCAUCGGUGCAUCCACCCUCUGGCUCUCCCGCCCUUUUCUACCUCUCCUCGCACCGCCGCUCUUCCUCGCUYAAGGCGGCCCUGCUGAACGACUCCUCRUCUCCGGGGCGGGGAAAGCGCGGCCGACCAAAGCCCGACGGUGCCGACAAGAAAGGCCCGGGGUGGCACCGGCGGAUACUCGGCAARAUCCCGUGGAGACGGCAAGCCGGGGGACCCACGCGCGCGUCCUCCUCCUCGCUCCCGUCCGCACCCGUCGAGCACGAAGAACCGGACGUCGUGGUGGAGUCCUUCGCCGUGUAUCGGGACGCCUUUGUCUCCCAAGACUUUGAUGCGCUGACCCCCGAGUCGGUCCUGCCCGUGGUGCAAAUCGACCCGAAGGCCGGGAGCAAAGCCGGGUUCGUGCUCGAGAAGGCCCACCGCAAUUCACCCGAGGCGGCUCCGGUGGUCCUCGAUUCGGAAUUCUCGGGGGUGUCCAUAACGCCAGCGCUGCCCAGCGCGCCCCGGAAAACAACCAAGGCGAGAAAACCAUUCAGUGACACCAACACCAAAACCAACACCAGUCCAGUCACAGACACAAAUGAAAACACAAUCGCAAACUCCAGCAGAAAGGGGAUGGUAGCGCGAGUUUUGGAAGGCAUCCUGACGGAACGAAUCGGUCAGCGAUGGACCGUCGAAGAGCCCGAGGGUUUGGAGGUUGACGUUCGAACGUCUCCGAACUACAACAACAUCGCAAAGCUGUUGUUCCGAGGGCUUUAUCGUGCCGAUGCCACGCUUUCAUCCGGAAGAAUUGUCUUUCCCAACAUUCGAUUCUCCAGCGUGCGUCUCGAAAUGGAACAAGUAACACUGAAUCUGAUGGGAUUCUUUUUGCAUAAAGACGACAACAACAACAACAACAACAACAACAAGCACAAGCACAAGGUACAAAACCAAAACCAAAAGCAGAACCAAAACAAACAACCGACCGAUAUGGUGCGGUAUCCAAACCAGUUCGACAUCCACAUCGAAGAUUUGACCAUGUCUCGGCACGAUUUGUUGUUUUCAUCGUGCGUGAAAAACGGACUGCGAGGACUGCUCGUCAGGGUUUUGAAAGAUCGUGGCAUUCGAUCGAAUUCGAUUCGGAUUACUUCCAUYGAUAUAUUGGUAAGCGGACGACAUGUUCUGUAUUCGUAGUAUGCUUUUCGGAAAGGAAGAAAUGCAUACAGUCUAGCAUGAUUGUGUGCGUCGACUGAGUCCCUGUGUUAUCUACUUUGUUACUGACCAAGAAAUUCUCUCCACUUUCAUCUAUUCUGUUCUAUUCUGUUUUGAUUUUCCUUUCGCCACGCCUACUGCAGCCAAACGGUAAGAUUUCCUGCACCGGCGAGGCCAAGACACACUUUGCUUCCGCACCACCCGUGAACUUCGAGGUUCGCUCCGGAAUUUCGUACAGCAACCGGGGGCACGUGCUGACCUUUCCGGGACUSGAGGUCUCGCUGAACAGCGACAUCGGCCUCUUUGUCCCGGUCCACCCGACGCUCGACCUGGACGUCGGCCACAACACGAAAUUCCGCAGCAUCGUCAUCGACGGCCGCAAGAAACGCGUGAAGAUUGCCGCCAGCGUGACCAUCACGCCCGAUCGGACGCGGCUGAUGACGCAAGACUACGUGCAAACCAGCGAGGCCUUUGCGGCGAUCUUCUUUUACGAUGUUGGCCAGUGGCUGACRCGCCUCGGUAGAUUUUCAAAGUAAUCAAACCGAUGCACCCAAGCGGAUUACGACGAAACCCUUUCUACCUCUGACGAUCCGGUCGAUACGAAUACAACACAGUGCCAGCGGGAACGGUCUCCUCCAAUCUCGUCGUAUGCRGGCACAUAGUCUCCACAUUGGGGAAAUAAAACCAUACAGAAGGAUCAUAACAAUAGAAUAWUUUUUGACCA